AAAAAUAGUUUCAAUAAUUUUAAAAUUUUAGAAUUCAUUUUCCAAAUUGGAGACAAGUAAUAACUAUUCACGGCAAUGUUAAAAAGAAAAAGAAAAAGAAAAAGAAAAAGAAAAAGAAAAGGGACGUGACGAAAUUCUUCGGUGUUUUGCAAGAAUACUCAAGAAGUGAAGAAGAGAAAACCCAUAUGUUGGUAGCAAUAAAAUACCCUUAAAUCCCAUAAAAUCACUGCACAGUCUCUCCCUUCAGUAUGGAUUUGUUUAGGCAGGCUAUUCUUCGCCCAGAGCCACCUGAAGAAUUCGCUCUUCUUACUGUUCAACAAGCUAUUAACCCUCAGAAGCAAACAAAGCUAGUCCAAGAUGAGAAUCAGCUAUUGGAAAAUAUUCUCAGGUCGCUACUUCAAGAACUGGUGGCUGCUGCGGUUCAGUCAGGGCAGAAAGUCAUGCAGUAUGGAGUGUCAAUUGCUGAUGGUGAAUCAAGUCAGGGUCAGAUUCCCCGCCUUCUUGAUAUUGUUCUAUAUCUUUGUGAGAAAGAACAUGUGGAAGGUGGCAUGAUAUUUCAACUUCUGGAGGAUUUGACAGAAAUGUCAACAAUGAGAAAUUGUGAGGAUGUUUUUGGGUACAUAGAGAGCAAACAAGACAUAUUGGGGAAGCCAGAACUCUUUGCACGAGGAAAGCUUGUUAUGUUAAGGACGUGUAAUCAGUUGCUUCGUCGUCUAUCAAAGGCAAAUGAUGUUGUCUUCUGUGGUCGCAUUAUCAUGUUUCUUGCUCACUUCUUCCCCUUAUCUGAGCGUUCUGCUGUAAAUAUAAAGGGAGUUUUCAAUACAUCGAAUGAGACAAAAUAUGAGACAGAAGCGCCUGAGGGUAUUUCUAUUGAUUUCAACUUCUAUAAAACACUUUGGAGUCUACAGGAAUACUUCUGCAAUCCGCCAUCCCUGGUUAAUGCUCCCGGCAAGUGGCACAAAUUUACAUCCAGUUUGAUGGUCGUUCUAAAUACUUUUGAGGCUCAGCCUUUAAGUGAUGAAGAGGGAAAUGCUCAUAACCUUGAGGAUGACGCUGCAACCUUUAACAUAAAGUAUCUUACAAGCAGUAAACUUAUGGGUCUCGAGCUAAAAGAUCCUAGUUUCAGGCGCCACGUUCUGGUUCAGUGCCUCAUUCUGUUCGACUAUUUGAAGGCGCCAGGGAAAAGUGAGAAGGAAUUGCCCUCUGAAGCAAUGGAGGAGGAAAUAAAGACUAGUGAAGAGCGGGUAAAGAAGCUUCUUGAAAUGACUCCACCUAAAGGCAUAGAUUUCCUCCGCAGUAUUGAGCACAUUUUGGAGCGUGAAAGGAAUUGGGUUUGGUGGAAACGUGAUGGCUGCCCCCCAUUUGAGAAGCAACCAGAAGAGAAAAAGCUGGUUCAAGAUGGAACCAAAAAACGUCGGCCACGAUGGAGGCUUGGAAACAAAGAACUCUCCCAAUUGUGGAGAUGGGCUGAUCAGUAUCCGGAUGCUUUAACUGAUACUAAACGUGUGUGCACUCCCUCUAUCACAGAUUACUGGAAACCUCUGGCCGAAGAUAUGGAUGAAUCUGCUGGAAUAGAAGCAGAAUACCAUCACAAAAACAAUCGGGUCUAUUGUUGGAAAGGUUUGCGGUUUUCAGCCCGACAAGACUUGGAGGGAUUUUCCAGAUUUACAGAACAUGGUAUUGAGGGGGUAGUGCCUCUGGAGCUUUUGCCUACUGAAGUACGGGCCAAAUAUCAAGCUAAACCAAGUGAAAGGACCAAGCGGAUUAAGAAGGAGGAAACAAAAAAUUCAGCGCAACAAGCAGAAGAAAAUCAGAUUGCAACACCACCAAGUGAGAUAGACAAUGAAGUGAGCCGAGCAGAUCUUGAAGCAUCAGCUGCCCCCAUGGAAACGGAUGCAGGGAUUGCUACUGUUAAUAUAUCUCAGGACGAAACUCCAACUCCAGAGGAUAACCCGAAGCAAAGCUCUGAUACAGAUGUUGCUCAAGAAGCAGGGCAGACUGAAGCAGACACAGAAGCAGAGACGGGGUUGAUUGAUGGAGAAACAGAUGCAGAAGUUGAUCUAGAUGCAGUAGGUUAAUCCAACUCUGUAUCGGUUCACGCACUAUGCCGGUGCCAACGAUCUACUUAUUCUGGACUGAAUUUGCACCAUGGAACUAAUGUCAGUUGCUGAAGAAGCUUGAUAGCUAAAUAUUAUUACACUUUAGAAUCAACUUUUCUUCCAAAAGCUCAAUUAGUUGGGGAGAAAGGUGGUAUUGUUGCAGGCAACAAUGAUGAGAUUGGAGAAUGGGUGUUGUUUAUUAAAGUAUUAAUAAUUUUUUGUUGUUGUUGUUGUUGUAUAUUUGAUUAAGCAAGUUCUAUUCCUUGUUGAUACUCUAUUAUGGGGAUAUUUGCAAAAUGCACAACUGGAGGCAUCAUUUGUUAAAAUUGAGCCGAGACAUGACUUGCAUGUCACCGUUGCGAAAUGUAACUUUAUCUUUUCUGGUUGUAGCUUUAAAAUGAUAUGCUUUCCGAGUAAUCCAUUAUGGUUGAGUA